AUGGCGUCCGUCUCGAUCGCCGUGGUCGCCGCCGGCGCCGCGCUGGGCGCAGGGUCGAUCGCGCAGUGCAGCCACGUCGCGAGGCAGAGCAGAGAGGUGGAGGUCGACGUCAACGCGGUCGCCAAGACGCUCGGGGUCCUCCGGUGCCGCGUCUCGGGAGGGCUCCUGAAGGCGGAUCGGCACGUGACUCUGCUCGGCGACGUCCUGGUGGUGAGCAGGCGGCCAGGCUCCGCGGACACGAUCAUCUCGCUGCAGGGCGCGGAGGUGGAGGUUGCGGACGCGGGCACUGCCGUGAGGGUGGUCUCGCACGGGGGCACCACGCUCGCCACGUUCUGGCCGGGGACCGCGGAGGAGACCUCGGCGUGGGCGGCCGAGCUGAGGAAGUCCAGCCUGCCGGCCCAGGCCGUGCCGAAGUUCCUGAGCAUCAUCCGCCAGCAGCGGGAGCAGAUCAGGGCCGAGGUCGCCGAGUGGGAGGACGAGAUCAAGAAGGUGCAGUCCAACCCUUCGCAUGAGCAGGCAGAGGUGUUUGCGCUGGAGGGCAAGGUCGCAGACUGUGAGGGCCAGUCGUUGCAGCUCCAGCGGGAGCUCGAGAAGUACAGAGAGAUGCCGAAGCUCGUCAGCCUCAAUCGUCGGCAGAUCGCCGAGCUCGAGAGCAGUAUCCAGCAGAAGGAGCGCCAAGUCAUGGAUCUCCAGGCGCAGCACAGCGGCAUGCAGGAGACGACGAAGAUGCUGAGCCUCAGCCGCAGAGAGAUCGCGUCCCUGGAGGCCAGGGCCGCGACCAAGGAGAGCACCGUGGCGCAGCUACAGAGCGAGCUGCAGAAGCUCCAGGAAGUGCCGAAGAUGCUGAGCCUCAGCCGCCGGACGGCGGCGUCGCUGGAGGCCGAGUGCGCCCAGAAGGACUCCCAGAUCGCCGAGAUGCGUGCGGGCCUCGAGAGCACGCUUUCCUCCGAGGUUCCCAAGGCGAUUAGCGACAAGCGCCGCGCCGUCAGCAGCCGGGAGCAGCAGCUGAGCGAGAAGGACGCGAAGAUCCGGGCGCUCGAGCAGAAGCUGAAGGGCUUCAGCGGUCCGCCGACAUCCUCAGCUUCAACCAGAAGCAGGUGGAGGAGCUGGAGCAGCGCCGCAGGGACACGGAGAAGCAGCUGGAGACCUUCAGGGUGCAGCUCGAGCUUUCCCCGCCCGCCGUGGGCGCGUGAGCGGUCGCGGGAUACCUCGGUCGCCACUCCGCGAGCCAGUGUGCUCUGGCAGAGGCGUCCCUGGUGCACGGUGCCCCAAACUCCGAGGCCCACGGCGCGAAAAGAGAAGCACUCACUCGGUGCCGGAGGUCUGCGCACGGCAGUGUUAUAUAGAUGUACAGUGGCCGUUUGGGGCCCCAGGCCGGUUUUCAUGGCUUUCUUCGGGCGACUCGCCCAGUGCCGCUCAUUUUGGUGA